UCUUCCCGUUGAGUUUGAAAAAAACCUCGACGAAAACGGACGUUAAAAAGUGAGUGCGCGUCGUCGCUGCGUUUUUCACCGAUUUUCCGCGUUUUCCGCCGAUUUUCGUGUGUGUGCGAGCAACAACAACAACAACUACGAAAUACUGGCACAAAGCAAACCGAAAAUACUAAGUUUAAGUUAUUCUUCUUCGUUUUUGGAUACCCGUUAAAAAUCUCAUGUGCAAUAAAUAAUAAAUAUUAUAUUAUUAUAAAUAAAAAACAUUUACCAACGCAAUGGAGCGUUGCAACAACAACAACUGCAGAAGCUAGAAGAAGCUAGAAGAGGAAGAAACCUAUUGUUUUGCUUCAAAACAACGGAUAACCAAAAAAAUAAAAAGAAAAUCAAGCAUAAACACAUAUAAAACUUUAAGAUAUAAACAAUAUGAGGCGAAAGACGGCCAUGAAAGGGACGGCGAUAGUCGGUAGCGGGAGUGCGAGGAAAGCGGCGCUAAAUAUUUGGCACUUUUUUCUUAUCGUUCUUGUAGCGCUGAGCUCCACGAUAUUGGCCGACGAAUCGAUUGACACACGUGAGAAUGCCGACUUAACUCUGAAGUGCCGGUUUAACGACAAAUAUGAGGCGAAUGACUUUUCGUUUUUCUGGACCCGCUGGACAGCGAAUCCUGCCCAAUUCGAUAAUGUGGCUAUCGGCGACGUGCAGUUAAGUUCCGGUUAUAGACUCGACUUCCAACCGGAGCGUGGCAUUUACGAUCUGCAGAUCAAGAAUGUGUCCUACAAUCGGGAUAAUGGACGCUUCGAGUGCCGAAUUAAGGCAAAGGGAACGGGUGCGGAUGUCCAUCAGGAGUUCCACAAUCUCACUGUCCUCACACCACCUCAUCCACCUGUGAUCUCGCCCGGAAAUAUAGCUGUGGCCACCGAGGAUAAACCCAUGGAGCUCACAUGCAGCAGCAUCGGCGGUUCCCCCGAUCCCACCAUAACUUGGUAUCGCGAGGGUUCCAAUUCUCCCCUGCCAGCGACUGUUUUAAAGGGCGGCACCAAGGAUCAGCCCACCAAUGCAACACUAUCCAUUAUCCCAAGACGGGAAGAUGAUGGUGCCAAGUAUAAGUGUGUAGUGAGAAAUCGUGCCAUGAACGAGGGAAAACGAUUGGAGGCGAUUGCCACUUUGAAUGUUAACUAUUACCCCAGAGUUGAGGUUGGACCCGACAAUCCUUUGCAGGUCGAACGUGACCGGACUGCCAAACUGGAGUGUAACGUGGAUGCCAAGCCAAAGGUUCCCAAUGUCCGUUGGAAUCGCAAUGGACGCUUCAUCAGCUCCUCAUUAGUUCACACGAUCCAUCGCGUGAGUGUUCAAGACGCUGGCAAAUACACCUGCAUUGCGGACAAUGGUCUGGGUAAAACUGGAGAACAGGAGCUAAUACUGGAUAUUCUAUAUCCCCCCAUGGUGGUCAUCGAAUCCAAAACCCGGGAAGCUGAAGAGGGUGAUACGGUGACAAUUCGUUGCAAUGUCACCGCCAAUCCAGCUCCAGUGACCAUUGAAUGGCUGAAGGAAAAUAGUCCCGAUUUCCGCUAUAAUGGUGACGUACUAACCCUGACUUCGGUGCGAGCCGAUCAUGCUGGCAACUAUAUCUGUCGAGCUGUGAACAUAAUGCAAAGUCAAGGGAUGGAGCGUAGCGAAAGAGUGGGCAAUUCCACGGUAGCCCUGCUGGUGCGUCAUCGACCAGGACAGGCCUAUAUAACGCCCAAUAAACCGGUGGUUCAUGUGGGCAAUGGAGUGACCCUGACCUGCUCGGCAAAUCCACCGGGAUGGCCUGUGCCCCAGUACAGAUGGUUCCGCGACAUGGACGGCGAGUUCUCCAGCACGCAGAAAAUCCUGGCUCAAGGUCCCCAAUAUUCCAUACCGAAGGCACAUUUGGGCAAUGAGGGAAAGUAUCAUUGUCAUGCGGUGAAUGAGUUGGGCAUAGGAAUGAUGGCCACCAUAUCGCUGGAGAUUCAUCAGCCACCGCAGUUUUUGGCCAAGCUUCAGCAGCACAUGACAAGAAGAGUGGCCGACACUGACUAUACGGUGACGUGCAGUGCCAAGGGUAAGCCAGCGCCCAGUGUUAAGUGGCUCAAGGAUGCCGUGGAAAUACUGCCCGAAGAGAAUCUAUAUGAAGUCCAAACCAAUCCCGAUCAGGGCCUCAAUGGCAUGGUCACGGUGCAAAGUCAGCUGAAAUUCAGGGGCAAGGCCAGGCCGAAUGGAAAUGCUUUGGUGCCGGGGGAUCGUGGUUUGUACACCUGUUUGUAUCAAAACGAAGUAAACUCUGCCAACUCUUCCAUGCAAUUGAGAAUAGAACAUGAACCCAUAGUCUUGCAUCAGUACAACAAAGUGGCCUUUGAUAUAAGAGAAACCGCUGAGGUUGUGUGCAAAGUACAGGCCUAUCCCAAACCCGAAUUUCAAUGGCAAUUUGGCAAUAAUCCCUCGCCCUUGACCAUGUCAUCAGAUGGUCAUUACGAAAUAAGCACAACCACCGAUAACAAUGAUAUCUAUACUUCGGUGUUGAAGAUCAAUUCGCUUACUCAUUCGGAUUAUGGAGAGUAUACCUGUCGUGUGGCCAAUACUUUGGACACAAUUCGUGCACCCAUUCGAUUGCAGCAGAAAGGACCGCCGGAGAAGCCCACCAAUUUGAGGGCCAACGAUGUAGGUCACAAUUAUGUUUCCCUCAGCUGGGAUCCCGGAUUCGAUGGUGGCUUGAGCAAAACGAAAUUCUUUGUGAGCUAUCGCCGUGUGGCCAUGCCCAGGGAAGAGCAACUGAUACCGGAUUGUGCCAAUUUGGCCAACUUGAAUUCAGAUUGGGUAGAAGUUGACUGCCAGCGGGAUAUUCCCUGCAAAGUGACGUCGCUGGAGCAGCAUCAGAGUUAUGCCUUCAAGGUGAAGGCGCUGAAUCCCAAGAGUAACUCACCCUACUCGAGUGAAAUCCUGGUGACGACAAAGGUCAGCAGAAUACCGCCACCGUUGCAGGUGACCUAUGAACCCAGCACUCGAACUCUGGGCAUCGAUGUGGGUGCCACCUGUUUGUCCCUGGUGGCCGUUGUCGAGUCCAUGGUCAAUGGCGAUACCGCAAUGGCCGCCUGGGAGGUGGUGGCCACUGUGGAUAAUCUCCAGUUGUCCGGCAAUGGACCCACCCACAAGGAAAAGAUCAUCGACCGCAUAAUCGGAGGCCGAAGAAUUGGAGGAGGUCGUGCCCUGGGUCACACCAUCAGCGAGGACGAGGAUGACAAUAGCCUGAACUCACUGGCCCUCGAGGAUGACAAUAGUCCCACUGUCCGAGUCAAAUUGUGCCUGAGGACCAAUCCACAGCACUGCGGCGAUUACACGGAUGCUGAAAUUGGCAGACCGUAUAUCGCGGAGGCUAGUGCCCUGGCCACGCCCACUCUGAUUGCGAUAAUUGUGUCCUGCGUGGUCUUCGCCCUCUUCGCUGGCUUGAUCCUGAUGUUCUGUCGCUGCAAGCGGAAUCAAUCGAAGAAAAGCGCCGCUGCCAAGGAUUACGAGAUGGACUCGGUGCGACCUUCGAUUGUGGCCGCCCAGCAGAAUCAGGCCCCGCCCCCAUAUUAUCCCGCCUCCGGGCUGGACAACAAGGCCUUGGAGCAUUCGAUGGAUCUGGCGUUGAGCAUGGAGGAUCAGAAAACAGCCCUGUAUGCCACCCAAAACGGAUAUAGCUACCACCCCGGAAGUGGGGUGGUGGGCGUUGGCCUUGGGGGCGGCGUCGUGGGCGUGGGCGUAGGCGGCAGCGUGGUCAGCGGCAUGGGCGGCGGAGUGGUGGGCGUGGGCGGAAUGGGAGGCGGCGGCGUCGGCGUGAAUGGCAUACCUGGUCUCAACGCACACACCAUGUCCGGAAAUGAAUGGGUGAACAUGGGCUACAUGGAGAACAACUACUCCAAUUCGAACAACGGCGGCAGUGUCAACUCGCAGGAUUCGCUGUGGCAGGUGAAGAUGUCGGCUGCGGCGGUGGGCAACCAACAGGGUUUGGUCCAGGCCCCCCUCAAUCAGUAUGUGGAGCAGCAGCCCGCCUAUGGAUACGAUCCGUUGACCCACGGAGGUUACGGGGCGGUCGAUGAUUACGCCCCCUAUCCGCACCUGACGGCCACGCCCAGCCAAGUGGGCGAUGAGUACCACAAUUUGCGCAAUAGCCAAAAUCCGUCCCGGCAGGACUACUGCAGCGAUCCCUACGCAUCCGUGCAGAAGCCCAAGAAGCGAGUCGAUCAGCAUUUAGAUUCACCAUAUCACGACGUAAGCGGCCUGCCCAAUCCCUACAACAUGGAGCAUUUGGAACAGGACGAGGUCCUGCCGCCGCAGCAGCACAUGUCCCUCAGCUACGACGACAGCUUCGAGGGCGAAUAUUCGACAACGCCGAAUGCCAGAAAUCGUCGCGUCAUACGCGAGAUUAUUGUCUAGGAAAUUCUAGUUCGAAGCUUCGAAGAAAUCAAAUCAGCACUUCAAAUAUUCUCUAAACACCACACUUACACACACACACACACACACACACACACGCGCUAAAUUCCAUUAUCAUCCAAACUCCAAACCAAUCAUUUUUUUUUGUAUGCUCAUUUUAACUUCCUGCUCGACUGCCAGCAGCAGAUCUUUUGAAAAGUGGCCAUUUUGAAUACUUCUUUUUAAUAAUAUUACUUCGAUGUAAGCUUAGUUUUUGAGAGGGAAACGAUACGACGACGAACGUGUGUUGAGUUUUAUUGGCAACGAAAAACAUAUAUACCAUAGCCUAGGCAUUAGAGUUCCGGUCUAUCAUUGCUCUAGUUCAGCACUUUGUUGUCACAACACUGAAAACACUGAGAGAAAUACAACCCAAAAUACACACACACACACGGAUUAAAAAAAACCAUCACUGGACAAGCACUAAAUGUUACGAUUUACCAGGUAACGUAGAGCUAAGUAGUAGUUAAUAUUAAUAUGGUCAUCUAGGUCCCAGUUGCAACAAACGAACUUUAAACAGUAAGGCGGAAUUUCGGAAUUUCGAAGGGCAGGCGAUCGAUCGAAAACAAAAUCUCACUUUUCACCUAGGCUUAGGCUAAUUAACUCGUAAGUGAUUCUUGUUGGUUCUGUGCAAUAUUCGCGAGCACAGAUCCACGAAAAAAAACGUAAUAUAAAUACAUUAACAGUACGACCUGCCACAAAAUCAGAAAAAAAUACAAGAAAAAAAUAAGAAAAAAAUCGAAACAAAAGGAAACAAAACUUACCUUAAAAUAAUUUUAAAUUUUUAAAUAAAUCUGAGAAAAACGAAAAACGUUGCUUUAAGUAAGUUAUAUGAUACAAACAAAAAAAAAAAAAAAACAUACGAAAGUACAGAGAACUUUAAAAAAAUUAUUGAAAAUAAUUGAAAAAGAGUAAGGUAAAAACGAAAAACAACAAAAAUAAUCCAAAUCCUCCAAUCAUAAAACUUUAAUUUAAUUUACAAUAUGUAGCAAUUAGCAAAACCCAUCUGUUCUGUUUUCCAUUUGUUCAAGCUUUGUGUUGAAAUUCAAAAUUUUAAUUGUAAUUAUCGUUAAGCCAACUAGAAAACGAUUAAUUAAGUUAUGUUAACCACGCAGACCUAUUGAGUUAAAUAUGAAUGUUUUGUUUGUGCAUUUCGUUGCGUUGCGUUGUGUUUUUAAUCCCCCUUAACAUGUGUUUUUGCAACUUUUUGACAAUGGCACACACACACACACAAAAUGAGACGCGAGAGGAAAACAUUUUUUGUAGCUAAGACUUAAAUGUAAAUACAUAUGUAAUUUGUAUAUAUUUACUUGACUUGCAAAGUAAAUAAGCAGCAGCGGCAACUUAAAUUAAAUUGUAGUUAAUUUUAAACAAUUUCGAAAUGAAUUUAACUAGUAAGCAAGUGUUUAAGAGCAAAUGCCACAAAAUAAAGCGAAUAAAACGAAUUAAGAAACUUCAAACAAACAAGAAAGAAGGAAAAAUCUCGUUUAUUGAACAAAACAAAACAAACUAUAAACAAUGCGAGCAAAAACGAGAAUCUUUAUUAUAUAAAUUAUACACUCUAAAACAGAUAAGCGGAUAUACAUUAUAUAUAUAUAUAUACAUAUACACGUACAUUUACAUAUACUUAUUAUUUGUAAAUAAGUAAAGCAUAAUUUUUCAUUUAAAAGCCCCAAAAGAACCGGAAUCCAUUAAAAAUAUAUUUCCAAACACUACAAAAAAGCGAGAACAAAAAUCAAACCAGAUUUUUUUGUUUUUGUUUAGCAAAAAUAUUUAUAAAUAUAUAUAUAUUUUGCGAUUUGACUGACAGCAGUGAAUGGUGGUGGCACACGUAAACACAAGCGAUAAAAACAUAAACGAAAAAGUAGAGACAGAAUUGGCAGUCCUCGGGCUGUUCAAACAAUAAAACACUUUGUUAACUAUUUUGUAUGCAUUUCUGAUUUCAUUCAAUUCAACAAAUUGCCACCCCACAAAACGGAAAAGAAAACAUUACCUAAAAUAUUUAUGCAUACACACAAACACUCUCAUGCAGUCACACACGUAAAAACAAAACAUAUAAUAUUUUUUUAUUCAGUUUUAAAACGAAAGGUAAAAAUAAAGCAAAACAUCAAAAAACGAAGAAUUUAAAUUAAA